AUGGCAGCAUUAUCUAUGCAGUAUCAAAUUUAUUCUCCUACUCCGGUUCAGAAUGCAAUGGGAGGAGCAAAUCUCCAUACACCUCCAUCCAUAUUUCAACAUAUGAUGGGCCAACAAAAUACCACACAACCAGGGACUUGGAUGCAAAUGCCACAAGUGCCUCCAAUGUCUAUACCAUGGAGUGUCCCAUCUUUCCAACAACCAGAAUUAGUCAGAUUUACUGGAGGACCAAGUUUUGAACCAGUUCUUCAUCAAAAAAGAAAACUUGAGGCCUGCGAUCUGCUAGAUAUGAGGCAAACAAAGCAGUUUAUAACAGAAGAAAAGAUGGCUGCACAUUUUAAAGGCUUACAUAUUAGUCCCAAUUAUCAACAACAAUCCUCAGUACCAUCGACUUCAACAGCCAAUUCGCAACCAGUUACUCCUAGGGAGUUAAAUAUGGAAUUGGAAAUGGAUGCAACUAAUGUAAUAGAUGCAGAUCAAAUCAAAACUGGACCCAGAUUAAUUCUGUCAGAAGAACUAAAAAGGAUCCAACAGGAACCUAUUCUUCCAAAUUCCUUGUUAUCCAAACUAGAUGAUAAAGCUUUACAGUUUUUCCCUUUCAGGGAGAAGCCCUCCAUGGCUUUAGUCCUUUGGGAACCACCAAGCAAACAUCUUCGUAUGUUACCAACGAGGGAUACACCAACACCAAUUCCUAAUGCGACUGACAACAAUAAUAACAGCAGUGACAACAAUAACAAUAGUGAUAAUAAUAAUAAUGCAGCUAUUACUGAUUUGAAUCAAACGAUAUCAAGUAGUUCAUCAAUUUUUGAGCCAAUGGAAUUAUGA